AUGUCACGUGUCGCUGCUGCUAGUUGCCAAGCUAGAAGGUUCUUCAUCACCAUCAAUAAUCCAAGCGAUGACGAAAUUACUACUCUUGAAACUCUUGAUUAUAAAUAUAUUGUUAUAGCUCAAGAAAAUGCUCCUACUACUGGAACUCCUCAUAUUCAUUGUCUUGUUCUAUUUAAUUCUGCUAAAAGAAUCUCUACUCUGAAAAGACUACUCCCAAGGGCUAAUAUUCAAGUUGUAAGAGGAACUUUCCACCAAGCUAGAGAAUAUGUAAUAAAAGAUGGUCAAAUUAUAUAUGAAGAUGGUGCUGCUCCUCGUUUGGGUAUUGGAGAUACAUUUAAACAAAUGGUUCAAGAAGCAAAGGCUGGUACUAUUGAUACAGAAAGCUUAAUGUAUUGUCGAUAUGAGAAAUUCUUCCAACGAUUUAUUCCAAAAACUGACUACUGUUUUGAUGGAGAAUUAAAUACUAAAAACGCUUGGAUUUAUGGUCCACCAGGUACAGGAAAGUCUCGCUUAGUAAGAGAUUAUGCUAGAAGUAGAGGUUAUAGAGUUUACGAAAAGCUUUCUAAUAAAUGGUGGGAUAAUUAUGAUGGAGAAGAGAUUGUUCUCAUUGAAGACUUGGACCCUCAAGUCUGUAAGCUUCUUGUUCAUCAUAUAAAGCUUUGGGCUGAUAGAUACCCCUUUAGAGCUAAGAUAAAAGGGGGGUCUGUUAGAUUAGAGCCAAGGUUCCAAUUUAUAGUUACUUCUAACUAUUCUUUGGCUGAAUGCUUUGAAUGA